AUGUCGCGGGAGGAGAAUGUCUACAUGGCCAAGCUGGCUGAGCAAGCAGAACGGUACGAGGAAAUGGUUGAGUACAUGGAGAAGGUGGCUAAGACCGUUGAUGUGGAAGAGCUCACUGUUGAGGAGCGUAACCUCCUAUCUGUUGCCUACAAGAAUGUGAUUGGGGCCCGCCGUGCCUCAUGGCGCAUUGUCUCCUCCAUCGAGCAGAAGGAGUCCCGCAAGAAUGAGGAACAUGUUGCUCAGAUUAAGGAGUACCGUGGCAAGAUUGAGGCUGAAUUGAGCAACAUUUGUGAUGGUAUCCUGAAGCUGCUUGACUCGCACCUUGUGCCUUCCUCCACUGCUGCAGAGUCCAAGGUGUUUUACCUCAAGAUGAAGGGUGAUUAUCACAGGUACCUUGCUGAGUUUAAGACUGAUGCUGAGAGGAAGGAAUCUGCAGAGAGCACAAUGGUAGCUUAUAAGGCAGCCCAGGAUAUUGCAUUGGCUGAACUGGCACCUACUCAUCCCAUAAGGCUUGGACUUGCACUUAACUUCUCAGUGUUCUAUUAUGAGAUUCUGAACUCUCCGGACAAAGCUUGCAACCUUGCUAAGCAGGCAUUUGAUGAGGCUAUUUCUGAGUUGGACACACUUGGCGAGGAAUCCUACAAAGAUAGCACCUUGAUUAUGCAGCUCCUGAGGGACAACUUGACCCUCUGGACCUCUGACAUCACGGAGGAGGGCAUUGAGGAGGGCAAAGAAUCCUCGAAGGGUGAUGCUGAGUAG